AUGAGAACCGUUCUGAUCCUGUGCUUGGUGGUGGCCGCUGUGGCUGGACAGGCCGCUCUCGCUCAAGUUAAGAUCGGCGAAUCCACCACCGUCGACUUGGCCGGCGCGAAGUCAUUCAAGCGCACCCUCCGCAACGGUGACGUCCACCUCUUCAAGGUCUGCGACGAUGUGAAGGACCGAAGCCCCAAGUGCACCCGGUGGACCGAUUCAAAGGGCAAAGUCCUCUCCAACACCUCGCCGAUCCACGCGUUCAAAAACGGCACUCUGGUGAUUGAGAAGGUCACCAAGGAGGAUCUGGCCAGCUACACGAGCCCUGAACUUGACGCGGCUGCGCUGAAGAAGGGGUCGGCAGGCGUUGCCGUUUCCGGACCUCAGCUUUCGCUCGUCGAA